AAAACCUGAAAAAGGAGUCCAGUACCUAAUCGAGCGAGGGUUUGUGCCAGACACUCCGGUCGGUGUCGCCCACUUCCUCCUGCAGAGGAAAGGUCUCAGCAGACAGAUGAUUGGAGAAUUUUUGGGAAAUCGGCAAAAACAGUUCAACCGGGAUGUGUUAGACUGUGUUGUGGAUGAGAUGGACUUCUCAACAAUGGAACUGGAUGAAGCACUCAGGAAAUUUCAGGCUCAUAUCCGUGUUCAAGGAGAAGCCCAGAAGGUAGAACGGCUCAUUGAAGCUUUUAGCCAGCGAUACUGUAUCUGCAAUCCAGGUGUUGUGAGACAAUUCAGAAAUCCUGAUACCAUCUUCAUUCUGGCCUUCGCCAUCAUCCUGUUAAACACAGAUAUGUACAGCCCGAACGUGAAACCUGAGCGCAAAAUGAAGCUCGAAGAUUUUGUCAAGAAUCUAAGGGGUGUGGAUGAUGGUGAGGACAUCCCCCGAGAAAUGCUCAUCGGGAUUUAUGAGCGAAUCCGCAAACGGGAGCUGAAGACCAAUGAGGAUCAUGUGUCCCAAGUCCAGAAGGUUGAAAAACUCAUAGUAGGAAAGAAACCGAUUGGAUCUCUCCAUCACGGACUUGGUUGUGUCCUCUCUCUGCCGCACCGGAGGCUUGUUUGCUACUGUAGGCUGUUUGAAGUUCCAGAUCCAAAUAAACCUCAGAAGCUUGGAUUGCACCAGCGAGAAAUAUUUUUAUUUAAUGAUCUUCUUGUGGUGACCAAGAUUUUUCAGAAGAAGAAGAACUCUGUCACGUACAGUUUUCGACAGUCGUUUUCCCUCUAUGGAAUGCAAGUUCUUCUUUUUGAGAACCAGUAUUAUCCCAAUGGUAUUCGGCUCACAUCAGCUGUUCCAGGAGCAGAUAUAAAAGUACUAAUAAAUUUCAAUGCACCAAAUCCUCAGGACAGGAAGAAGUUUACAGAUGAUUUGAGGGAGUCGAUUGCAGAGGUUCAAGAAAUGGAAAAGCACAGAAUAGAGUCUGAGCUAGAAAAACAGAAGGGCGUGGUGCGUCCGAGCAUGUCUCAGUGCUCCAGCCUGAAAAAAGAUUCUGGCAACGGGACUCUGAGCAGAGCCUGCCUGGACGACAGCUACGCCGGCGGGGAGGGGCUGAAGCGGAGCGCGCUGAGCAGCUCGCUCAGGGACCUGUCGGAGGCAGGCAAGCGUGGGCGACGCAGCAGUGCAGGAUCGCUAGACAGCAAUAUGGAAGGGUCCAUCAUUAGCAGUCCUCACAUGCGCCGAAGAGCUACAUCAACCCGAGAGUGUCCAUCUCGCCCUCACCAGACUAUGCCUAACUCCUCCUCACUCCUAGGUUCCUUGUUUGGUAGUAAAAGGGGAAAGCCACCUUCCCAAGGCCAUCCA